AUGUGGAACUAUUUAAUAGUACUGUGGGAGGAUUAUAUUGCGAAGGGGGAUACAGGAUGGAAGGAUAAGAAUAUUAAAGACCGCGGGAAAAAUUUCUGGGAACAUGUGAAGACAGUAUGGGCACAAUUUAACGAAUACGUGCAGCAGGAACAGGACGAUGGACGUGCGCGCAUUAUGUGCGCGGCAGGACGGGAUGGGGAACAGGGGGCGCCGUGGACUAGCGAAGACAUGGGUAUAUGCGAAUUAACAUACAUAGCAUUAGAUUUUAAACAUGAUAUGGAUUCGGUGAUAGCAAGCGCGGCGUCCGGGACUCUGGACAGUGCAGUAGAUGAGGACGCGAAAAUGAAGUCAUACAUUAAAUGUUUCCUAGUAAAUGUAUUUAUGAAAAAAAUAAUGGGAAAGAAGUGUUUGCAAACACUUGGUGGGCAGUGGGCAUUUAAUUCUGCAAAUGGUAUGUUGAAGGGUUUCGGUGGAGUAAAGGUAGGUAAUAUUUCAUGUGAAGAGAAGGAUGCAGGGGAGGGGGGGAUACCAGUGGUGAAAGCAGAAGAUAGAACUUUUUGGCAAAUAAUGGACAGAUGGUUCGAAGACAACAGGGUAAAAUUGAAAGAUGGGGAUUAUGGACUACUGGGGAACGAUUGUAAAGUGGAAAGAGCAGGAACAGCGAGAGUGAAUGAUUUGAAGAACACAGUGAAGGAGGAAGUGCGGACUGUGGGGAAGGAGAUCGAACAGAAGGUGGACAAAAUAAAAGAAAGAAUAAAAGAAUGUACUGGUACGGAAAUCAACUGUGUAAAGACGUUAUUACAGGAGGAGAGGGACAAGGAAAAGAAUCAGCAGGACUCCUCCUCGAAACCUGCGGAAGCAAACGGACAGUCCAGACCGCCGGGGCCGUCACAGGGCACACAGGCAUCAUCAACACCAGGCGGGUCAGAUAAAAAGGAAGGAUUGCUUCCUCCCCAGAAAGAAGCAGAAGCAGCACCGGAAGGAAGAUCCGAGGAACCUGCGCAACCACCGCCAUCACGGCCGCCGCCACCGGCACCGCCGCCAGCCACAACAGGAGGAGCAGCAGUCGGGCAACGACCUGCACAACAACCCCCACUGGCGGCACCACCGCGGCCACAACAACCAGAAGAAGGGGAAAAGAACAAGGAAAAAGUAGAGGAUACAGAUGUGCAAGGUAAGGACACUAAGACCACGGAGGACCAGUGGGAUUUCCUAGAUAAUAUAGAUCCCUUACCUGGGGAGGAACGCCCAGAUCCCAGAAUUACGGACGAAACCGACCAGUAUAGAGGGAAGGGCCCAGUGGGUAUCCCUGGGAGUACACGUGUGAUAGACAUAUCUAAAGGGACUUCUCCUGAUAUUUCAGGAGCACCCCCAGCGGUCAACCGUACCCUCGUGAACCAUGCCGCCGUCUCGUCCACGAUGGCGGUAAACCGUGUGGCCAUCCACCUUACAAAGUUUAGUUUCGUCAUGCACACUUUUCUGUAUGUCCAUUCAGGAUCCCAGGCACCACCGAAGGCCUGUAAUGCGCAGGACCAUGAUACGCAGCCUACAGCGAGUACGGCAUCUGCUGGUACCACGAAGUCCAUUGAUGCGGGUGAACACGGUGAUCCCAAUAAAGACAAAGGGCAGCUGGAUGGUUCUCAAAACGAAUCUAAACACACGUCCUCCCCUGCAGUCCAGCAUCCGUCCAGUACUCCCAGUGCAGCUGCUCCCGCGGGUCAUAGUCCAGCCCCUGGUGAAGCCGAUGAUAAGGUCGCCGAUGGCGGUAACGAUGACCCGCCUCCUCUCAAUCCACCCAAACCAAAACCAGAAACCACGAACCCAGAUCAAUCGGGGAGCAGCCCCAGCGGCAGCAGCGGCGGCACUGGUCCUGGUGUAGGUGGUGUUUCUGGUGGGGAAGGAAAGGGAGGUGGGGGUGGUGAAAAGGCUGCUGGCGGCACCGGUAGCGGAAGUGCAGGACCAGGAGGUCGUAGUGGUGCUGGCGUUAGUGGUGGUGCUAGUGGCAGUGGUGCAGUUCCUGGCGCUACUGGUGCAGCUGGUGUAGGACACGGCGGUGGAGGUGGUGCCACAGGUGGAGAGCCAGGUGCAGGUAGCGUAGAUGCAGGACCAGGUUCUACUGGUCACCAAACCCCAGGUUCUUCAGGACCUGGCUCCACGCGCACUUCGCAACCAGGUUCCUCAGGAUCGGUAUCAACGGGUCACCAACCCCCUGGUUCCUCAAAACCAGGAUCCGACCCGUCCACGCAACCCAAUAACGCACAGGGUACGGGUUCUAAGCCUACAGAUCCAGAUGGUGGCUUUGGACUAUCCUUGGACCGUGCACCAGCCGUAGGUAACAUAGGAGAAGGAUAUGCACCAGCGACUCCAACAGAAAAAACAUCGGGCAAUGGGGAUAUGAACUCGGGUGCCGGUCCUGAUGGACCCGACCUAACCGCCGACAUCCUUACCGCCACUGCUCCCGUACUCUUCUUCCUGUCCGCCGUCACCGUCGCCUUUCUUGGUUAUUCCCUUUGGAAGUACUUUGCGUACCUCGGACAAAAACGACGACGAACAUAUCGAACCGUUCGUGACGUGCCGUCACCGCCACUCGACGAAGACAUAUUGCAGCAUCUACAACGAGGACCGCCACCCGAUUACGGGUACACGAUGGUUAAGGCCACGCAACCUGCGUCAACAUCCGGUAGAGGCCGCCCACCACGCGUGCAUAAGCGCACGAUCAUCGAGCUACAUCUAGAAGUGCUCCACCAAUGUGAAGCAACCGAAUGGGAAAAUGUCAAAGACGACUAUUUGCAGAUACUCGUGGAGGAGUUUGCACAGGAGUGUGCGCGGGACCCGAUUAUGUGCAGUAGAAUCUUGGAUGUUCCGACCUCGCACGCCUCUAUCACAACCCACGAUUCGACAACCCGGCAUACACCCACGGACAUCGACGGAACAAAUCCAUUACCACCGAAUGAAGACGACCCCGAUCCAUGGCGUUGUAUGAAAAACAUACAGUUAGAACAAGAAAGGACUCAUGCGCCCCCUCUCCCCUCUUCCGGCCCCGGGAAUGAAUGCCCGACGUCCGACUGCACCCCAUGGAUUAACUGGAUUGACCGCAACAAACAUAUGCUGCGGGAGUGCACGACGCAGCCGUGGUUUCUGCAAUUAAAAGUGGAUUGGAAACAAUACCUGCGUGCGCACAUGCUGGCAACCGAGGACAACGUAGUAUCCGCGCACCGUGAAUUCGGUGAAGCAGCCACCCCGCCGAUGAAGAAAUUGGACCUGUGGAGACAGUGGGUAGCGCAACAACAUGCACAAGUGCGUAUGUAUAACGCGGAGGAGUGGUUUCAACACCUAUGGAGUAAUAUCGAGGAGACAGGAGUAGUAACAGAGGAAGACGGCAUGCCGCAACAGAUACGAACGGUGGAAGGAGUGAGUCACAUACACACAGUAGAUGAAAAACCGACCACAUUUGUAACAGAACAGGGGCCACCUGUAGAAAAAGGCUUAGCAGUAGAAGAAGCACUGCAAGGCGGAUCAGCUUUGAAAGUGCGACAUUUACCACAACAGCAACUGCAUCCAGAACUGUACAGAACAAAACCGUUAACCGCCCUCAAAUUGUGGACGCUCCUCCUCGCGUCGGUAAUCGAAGAAUGCGAGCGCGAACGCAGUUUGCAGGAUAAGGAGUUAUAUGUGGAUGAUCUAUUGCAACAGUGUUAA